CCCAAAAGGGAACCGGGAGUGAACAUCCUUGCCCCUUGUGAUUGAUUUGCGGUUGAUCCAGAUUUUUUUCACCAAAAAAUUGAUUUUUUUAGAUUUCGUGGAGUGGCAGGUCUGGUUUAUGACUUUAAAGAAAGGAAGUUGUGUUACAAGCUAUUCACUAAAUGGGAGAAAUAGAAUCACAGUGACUUGGUGGUGGCUUUAGAAAAAUUGUUUAGUUCACUGCAAUUCUGAGACUCGCUCAUGACAUCUCAAUCACAGUGAACGCAUUUAUUUUGGUACAUUCAUUAUGUGAUUCUAUAACUUGUAAAUACUUGUGUCAUACACAAUGGUGUUUUCUUCAGCUUUUUUAAAUUAUACAUUUAGCCUGAAUUCUAAAGUAUAAACCAAAUCUUUUUUUGUGCAAAAUUAUUUUCCUUUGAAAGAGCAUUUGUACUUAUAUAAUGCAUUUAAUAAUUGUUGGUAGUUAUUUUUUAAAAAGUGUUUAGUAAAAAGUAAUUCUUUGUCAAUUCUCUGUAGGUGCAUGUCGAUUCCCAUAAUGCUGCGCUGGUUGAUCAGCAAGGGACAAGGACAGCUGGGCAAACUGAAGGAAGCUGCGUUGGCUGCUGAACGAGAAAGGAUGGAAAAGCUUUUACUCCGGAAAGAAAUGCAUCAAAGAUUAAUGAAGAGCCAGCCGGCAAGCCUCCCGACCAAGGGAAGGCCUCCGCCUCAGCCUCCGCAUCCCCCGCCUUUGCCCCCGCCUCCGAGUUACCCUCAUCAGCAGCACCCCUCUCUUCAUCACUCCCAGUCCAGUGGCGGGGCUAAUGGCCAGUCUUCUAGUGCUAUGCUCCCUCCUAUACUGGCAGAGGCGGGUGGUAUCAUGACUGGACUAGAGGAGUUUCAUCGCAUGACGGAGAGAAGCAAUAGUCAGCACUCUUCUAGUGAUGGUAUGCUCCUGUCACCAGACACGGAUAAGUCCCACCAGUCUCUCUUGUCCAACUUGCUGGAAGAGGAGAAGCAGGCUCUGAGCGCAGGUGGCCAGCAGGAGGUCCAUGACAGUCCCAUGUUGUCCCGUCUCCUUGACGACAACACCUCUGUGGCCACCACAGUCAUACCCAUGAACUGCAAGCCGGCGCCUAAUCCGCCGCUCAAGCGUCAGCGCAAACGCAGGUCCCAGUCAGAUUUCAGUGGACCCAGUCCAAAGCACAGGUUCAGUGACAGUGACUCCUCCGAUCGCCUUGGUUCUGUGGGCAGCUCUGUCGAUCUGGAUCUGGGCCCGUCAAUAAGUGACCAGGUCAUGGGAGUCCGAAUGGCGACCCCUCCCAACGUUGUUGGUGUCAUGGCACCCACUCUCGGUCCCUCAGGGCAUCAUCAUCAUCAUCACCACCACUCAGUGCUCAAUCACUCUGCUAGCUCAGUUCGCAAUCAGAGGAAUGUUAUCGAUCUCACAGAAGAAAAUCCGGACGGGGAGUCCAGCAUUAAGAAACUGACAGAUAGUGUAGAGCGCAUCAUCCACAAGGAUGUCAAAGCGGAGCCGGACUUGCCCAUGGUCUUAAGCAAGAAUGAGGCUGCAGGAAGAAUUCCCACCAUGCUACAAAAUUCUCCAUCGGGCUCAAAAAACGAGAACGCCUCUACCUCUCUUGAGGGUUACCUCAAAGGGUCGGGAGAGGUAGGCAGGGCGAAGGACUACGACCCGAGUGAUGCAGCAGCAGCCAUCAUUCACGGCUCAGGCACUCACUCCAAGCUCAGCAGCCUAUUGCUGGCUCCAUCAGACAGUCCUCCGCCAGUGCUCAACACUGGGCACAAACUCAAGUCCAGCUUCUUCAGUGACAAGCAUGGGCUUGUGGAGGCGGCGUCUUAUGGUACCAUGGGCAAGGUGGCUACCAAUAGUGCUAUCAUCCAAGACAUUAAGCCUUCGGCAGCAUCUCUACGCAAAGGGCAGUUAAGGCACUCGUCUAGUAUGGAAUUGGUCAAUGACAAGCAAAGUAUGACUGGCAUUUUUGAAAAGUUUGAUGUCUCUAGGCAGCUGCAUCCACAAACCAUAAAAAGUGAAGUUGCAGAAAGUGAUUCAAAAGUGCAGCAUUCAGAAGGAAAAGUCUCUUUAAAACUAAGGGUUGGGCCUUUAAAGCAACAGAAUAACAUGAAGCCGACUGUUAAAGCAAGCAACUCAUUCGACGAAUCUGAGAUGACCUAUGGAAAACCCAAUAGUAGUGGAACGUUUGAUUUUAAAAGCGACGAGGAUGAUGAUAGCCCUUUCAUGAAUUAUUCUGACAGAUAUGUUUACUCAGCAUCACCAACUCGACUUCAGAUAUCAACAAAUAAACAGAAGCGUUCAAGUGACCCUUCGUUCAUGCAAAAGGUUGAAAAACCUAAGAAAAAAGAAAAGUCAUCUGGGAAUACCACCAAAAGAAAACGUGAAAAAGACGAGUCAAAACGUGAGAAGAAAAGAAAGAAAACGGAGCAUAUUGUGCAAGAGUCUGUAUAUAGGACAGUAGAGAAUGACCAGAAGGCAGAUUUCAAAUUUAAAAUUAGAGUGGCGAAGAAACCAGUGUCUGACAAGUCUGAUUCAUUUUCUGAUAGCAAAGGUCAGAGUUAUGAAAUCUCAAAGAAAAUUUCCUCCACUCUAAUUGAAGAGAAAGCCCUAGUCAACAAGCAAGAUGUGAAAGAAAUGGUGUCUUCUGUCCAUGAGGCUGUGAAAGAAAAGGAUAUGCUGGCAAGUACUGGCAGCGGUUCUAGCAAACAUGUUGUGGUGACCAAUACAAAGUCUUCUGCUAGUCACAAAUCCUCUGUGAAACCAGGAAAUACCAAAGUGGUGGGUGGGAAUGUUGUGAGCAACAAAACGGACCCAAAGCUAGUGACCAAAGCCACCAUCAGGUUGAAGCCCCUCACAAUGCCAAAUUCUGGCUCUACAGUUAAUGUCAGUCAGUCUGGCUCUAAAAAUGCUGGGAGUUCUUCAGCAAGCAUGAAGCAAGAAAGGCGGAGCUCUACCUCGGCAUCAACGCCCACAAGUGAUAAGCGGUCUGCCGCUCUCAGCUCGCUAUUAGAGCGACGGGGUCCAUCUUCGUCCAGCCUGGCAGAGCGUCGUGGUUCAUCUCAGUCACUGCCAUCAGCUACAGCCCCUGCAAGUGCGCCAGUCAGCACGACGGCUGCUAAUCUAUCUCUGUCCAGCAUUCUGCCCAAUGCCCCCACAGUCAGCAAAGUUGCCAGUCUGCCUCGAAUUCCAAAACGGUCUUCCUCAUCUUCAAACACUUCCAUAAACCGCACAUCAAGCCUAGAUCCAGCCUCAGGGACCAGUCCUGCUUCAGCGGGGACUAAAUCCAACAACAGUUACACAAUUGGCCCCGGGGGCCGGCCUAACCCUGGCACAACGUCAGGCACUGUGCCAGGGGGAGGCAGGCUGCCAGGUAAUAACUCGGGUCCGCCGUUCAACUACAGCAAUCGUCCAGCCAUGCCUGGGAGUGGUGCUUCCAGUGCUGGAGGGGGCAACAGAGCGAACCCAGGGUUCAACGCAAAUCGAGGCGGUGUUGGGACUUUGCAUCGUCAGCCUAGUCCACUUAUGAACUCACCUCAGAUGAGGCCUCAGGGUCCAGUGGGCAUGAACCGGACUGUGAAUUCUACUAGUGGGAGUAUGCCUGCUAGUGGAGGCAGUCAGAAGACAGGACCCGGUAUCGCAAAUAGUCAUAAGGCACCAGGCAAUGCAAUUUAUAAUUCUGUUGUGAAAGGAAAUGCAGGCAGCUCAAAUUUUAAUAAUCCUAAUGUCCCUCAGAAGCCAUAUGGCAGUGGUGCUAAGUUAAACAGUAGUAUUAGUAGCAGUCCCAAAAAUGGCAGUGUGAUUAGUAACUCUGGUCAAAAGUUUUCAUCUUCCGGCAAUAAUUCAUCGAGCACACAAAAGCAUGGAUCCGGCAGUCACAUGAACAACAGCAGUUCACGACCCUCACAGAACUCUUCUGUGACCAAAUCUCCAAACACACAAGGUGUAAAUAAAUCUCCCAACUAUGGGAAACAGUCCUCUGUUGGCAAGUCACCCACCGUGAGUGGCUGUGGCAAGUCGCCCAAUCUACACCACGUGACAAACAAGUCUCCCAACACUAACAGUGUAAACAAAUCUCCUAAUAUCAGUGGAUCAGGCUCUGGUAGGUCACCUAACACAAACUCAAGUCGGUCUCCCAGUCUGAGCAGCUCUUCUAAUCGUUCAUCGUCCUCCUCUGUAGCAAAACCAUCCUCUUCAGGUACCACAAAGCAGUCUCAGAGUGGCUCAAAAGUCUCCAAUUACAACAAAUCACCUAGUGUAGCAAAUGCCAAUAAAUCUCAGCACGCACCCACAACCACUCUGAAAACCACAGGCAGCAACAAUAAAAUGUCUCCUACUACUAAAACUAUUCUGAAAACCACAGAAACGUCUUCCAUAUCCACUCUUUCCUCUAGCCAGAGCAGCAGUUUGAAACCUGCACUGUCUUCUGGAAGCAGCUCUGUGAAUAAGCUCCCAGCUAGUACAACCAGUGUCCUAGCUACUGCUGCCCCAACAUCCUCCAUCUCUUCACCCUCCACGCCACUUAUCUCUGCUCAAAAAUCCUCAUCACAGACGCCAUCUACCAUUUCCAGCCGCACGUCCACAUCAUCACAGUCCUCCUCUAGUGGGACACCAAAAGCCACUGCUACGCCUACUCCUACACCUGCGUACAGUUCUGGUUCUUCUUCACAACCGCCUGUGAGCAGCCCGUCCUCAGUCCCAACGACAGCACCUGCUCAGUUGAGGUCCAUAAGCUCAGAUCAAGGGCAAAAUAUUUCCCACAAAGGCAGCAGUAAACCUUCCACUGAAGUUACGUCCUCGGAGAAACUGACUUCUUGUUCAUCCACUCCCACAACGCCUCUCAGUGCUAGUGCAGAUAAUAAAAACAAGUUUAGCUUUCCAGCUUCAAGGGGUCGAAAGAAUUCACUCUCUGCGAUAGUGGAUAAGCUGAAAAAUAAGGGAAGCACUUUUGAUUCCAUUGUAUCCCCAUCUACAUCUGUGGGUAAUCAAAGCAACAUUAGUAACAAGGUUGCCGUAAGUUCUAGCAGCAACAAGUAUCUCAGGGGGGACCCACAAUCUCACAAAGACAUGCCAGAUGAGAAUGAAAAACCUCGCAGUCCCAACUCUGACUCUGUCAAGAUAGUUUCUACUCCAGAUACGGAAAAAAAGAAUUUUUCUUGCGUGGACAAUGGAAAAUCAUGCAACCCUUGUCCAGGAAGUGCUCCUGUUGUCUCCACCAAUCAGUCUGGGACAAGGGGUAGUGAUAAGACUCCAGUGGGCUCUGAUUUAAGCCAAUGUGAUAAAAAACCAACGGAAAUGCCCAGUACCAAAGAGACUGAGCAAAGUUUUGAACCCAACACUCAGAAAGUUUGUCCUCAGAAUUCGGAGUCAGUCCUGGAGGGGGAAAGCAUGAAGCAAUCUGUAUCUAGUAACAAUGUGCAAUUAAACAAGACAAAGGAGAAAUGGCUUCCACCAGCUAUUUCUACUCAGUGUUCAGCUGCAAUGACCAACGUACAGCACGCCGUCAAUUCUUCCAGAACUCCUUCUCCAUCACCUACUACUCAGUCCCCACAAUCAGCUCCCUCCAGUAGAAAUAACUCCCCUCGACCUCCCACACCCACUUCUGCCGGUAGUGUGAAGAAACAAAAAGAUUUUGAUGAAAAUGUUUUCAAAAUUCCGUCUGUAAAGGCUGUGGUUGAACCGUGGUCAGAAGAGGAUAAGAAGACCUCUCAGGUUGUGGAGAAAAACACAGAAGACAGUGUAAACAAUAAACAUGACAUCUCAGAAAAUGACAGCGGUAAAAAGGAAAAGACUCAGAGUAGCUCAGAGAGGAAGUCUGUAAAAUCUGUGAGCAGUCCCCUUAGCGAUAUCAGUAGUCCAGAAAACGGUUUAGUCAUUGAUGAUGAGGAGUCACCGCGUACAUCAUCCAAGGCCGGCUGUGAAAGGUCCAUAAGUUCUGCCUCCCCUGUGAGCAAAUUGUCUUCCCCAGUUGUGAAAGGCGAGCCUGUGGUUAACAGCAUACAUGUGAGUGAAGAGAGUAGAGUGAUAGAUAGUCCUCAAAACGCAACUGACUUGGCAAAUUCAGUGAAUAAAAGUACAAAGUCUCCUGCACUUGGACCGACACAUUCGGGUGCAUCAACUCCAAAAGGAUCAGAUUCACCUUGUGAGAUAGAUGAUGACUUGAUGGAUGUUGCCCUGGGUUUUAUCAGUUGAUGAAAAGUUUACGGCAUACUCUUAUUGUGCGAACAUGUGUUCCAGUUUUAUUGCUGUGCAAUCAAGGGUUUUGAUGAAUUUGAAGUUACUUGUGUAAGCAACAUUGCUCUUGAGAGGAACCUAUGUUUGUAACUUUUGACUGUAGACUCGAUAUUUGCUAUAUGGGCAAAGAUUUGAGGAGACAUUUGUUUUGUUUUUUUUUAUUUUCCUUUUUUUUUUUUUUGCAUUCGUAUUUUUGUUACAUUUUAUUUUAAAGUGUAAGUUAUGGUGUAAUAAGUGACUAACGAAAUAAUUGUGUAUGACUAGUGAUAGCUAAAUCAGUACGAAAAACUCCCAAGUGCCAUUACUUCAAAUUGUGAAAGCAUUUAUAUGACAUAGCUAUUGACUUUCUCAACUAAUGUAUGCAGAGGUUGUACCAAAAAACCUUCAAGUGGAUAGAAUGAAUUCUAGCUACCACCACUGUAAACUUUUAGAUAUUUUUCUCCUUCCUCGCUUCUCUUCUGUGUGCUCAUAAAUUUCGUCCUCAAGUUUUUUGUUUGUUUUCUUUUCAACCCAUCAACUUAUGAUCACAAACCUAAGUCUGUGUACAGUAUUUAUGUGUAAAUAAUCAUGGAUCUUGUAUGUUGUGAUGACCUUUGCCUGUUUCAUAGUUUUGUACAUUUUCUCCUCAUUUUUCUUCAGAAGAUAGCAUUACUGAGCUUGGUCAUUGAUGUUGUCUAACAGUAAAGGCCUCAUAGUUUUAUGUAAUAUCAGUCAGCUGCUGGUUUCAUUCGUUUGUUCCACUACUUUUGGUUGUUUCCUUUUGUUGGGCAGACCUGUUUUAAGAUUUUUUUACCUUGGUUGACCAAGGUUAAUGAAUUUUAGACAGUAAAAGAAACGUUCUCUCACAUCAUUAGUUUUUUUUAAUGAGCUUGUGAUACUUUUUGUGAUGUUUAUAUUUGUUCAGAUUUUAUUGGCAAUGAGUCAUUUCUGUCUGCUUGUUCUCUAUUGGUAUGGUCUUUGAACCUCAUUCUUACCUUUUCCUCAGCUGAACUUGAUUUUUCAUUCUCAUAUCUGUCAACUGUUGUGUAUUACUUGAUUUAAUCUUUUGGACAUAAAGUACUAGCAUUUACUGGAGAAUUCGCUGUGCUUUAGGUCUAAAAAUAUGAUAGAUACUUUAUUUAUUGGUGCUUUGCAAGUUUACUAGUGAGCUCAGUCACAGUUGCCUUGUGAAUCUACAUCCUCCUGUUUCGUUAGUGUUAGCGAACAUAGAAUAGAUAGCAGUGUCUAGAGCUGUUGCUUUUUGGAAGUUUCCUUUUCAAAAUAUUUCGUCAACAAAUCGUUUAUCAAUACUCUGUGGAGCUAUCUCUAUUAUGUUGGAACUGGGUAUAAUGUGGAGACAGGUUUCUCUUAAUAAAUGGUGUUACAUUUUGCAUCAUUGCACUCAUAGCCAUAGAGCUUAAAACCUAAAACUGCAAUUCACAACUCCCAGCACAACAGGUUUACGCAUCUCAGUGCCAAGACAAAAAGCACUGUCUACUUUUGUCUCUGGUAUUGUUUUAUUUUCACAUGGUUGGCUUCAAGACAGAGAAUGUUAACAACCUUGCUGUUUUGAGUUUUAAUUAAAUAGUAUUUCUAUAUUUAGAAAAAAAAUAAUUGU